AUGGAAAAUAUAAAACGACAAGUUUCUGAUAUAAAGUCUCCGCAAGCGGAAGUAAAAGCUAGAGUUAAUCGAGAGGCAAAGGACGCCCAAACCGAGACAAAAGAAUACCAUCACCAGAGAAACAAUACAACCCCAUUUUUCCAUAAACCGCACAAAACAGAAGCAGAGGAGAGACGACGAAAAACGAGCCCGACGCCACAUCAAUGCCAAUAUUGUGUGUACGAUCAUCGAAAAGGACACGACUACUCAGCUUUUGGAAAGAGAUGUAGCAAAUGCAAUAAAAAAUCAUUUUUCAUCAGUAUGCAGAUCAGCAGCCAACUCGAGAGUGAUUCCCAGAAGAAAGGAACCGGACAAAACAACCAAAGAAGGCGAAUCAAACGGACCACUGAGGAAGAUUCAUCAAUCUGCUCAGACGAUGACUAUUUUGUACAAGCGGUUACAAACAGCUUUCAAGCCAAGAAAAUUACAGGUGCACAAAAACGUAAACAAACUGUGACUGUAAGAUUAAACGAUGUCGAUAUUCGAAUGGAACGAGACAGUGGAGACGAGGUUAACCUGAUGGCUGAACAUUAA